AUGAAGGAAGCCUUGCUACUGCCCAUGACAUGUCUUCUGCUUUUGUGUUUGCACGACGUUUGCACAGCGGAUUGCACAUGGGGUAGUUGGAGUUCAUGUAGUGUUGAAUGUGGAAAUGGCACCAGAACUCGGCAGAUUAGUCAAGCAGCUACAAUGAGUGGUCAGAAAUGUACAGGACCAUCGACUGAAAUCUGCAUAGUCACAUCUUGUAUGGCAACAAAUCUAGCUGCCUCUCUUGGAGCAACAGUGACCUUGAGUUCAUUUUACAGCACUGAUGCUGUUACAAAGGCUAUAGAUGGCAAUCCAAACGAUGUUACUGGACAGACACUUGUCAGUACUGAUUGUGCUGCUACAACAUAUUACUUGAAUCCUUGGCUUCAACUUGACUUGCAAAAGGAAUAUCUUGUCUCACAUGUUAGAGCUAUCCUGUACGAUCAUAAAGGUAGAAAUGUGUAUAUUCGUGUUGGUAACAGCUUAACAAACAAUGGGAAUGACAACCACAAUUGUGGAAAGGCUCCAUAUGACAGUUCUAAUGACCUGAAUGCAAUAUGGCGAGAUGUUAGCUGCAGCCCACCAGUUUGGGGAAGAUACAUUAAUUUACAGAGAAUAGUGUAUGGCCAUCUUCGUGUAUGUGAGGUGGCUUUCAACUAUGAGUUGGAGAUUGCUAUUCUAGACAAUAAUACUACUAUUGAAGGGACAAGCGUGGCAGUUGAUAAGAAUAAAGAUUACCCUAAUCCUAUUGAUUGUGGUGUCAGUCCUGAUGUGACCAACUUUAAUGCUCUCUUACAAUGGAAACACAACAUAACCAAUGAUGUACCAUCUUCAAGUGUCCAGAAUGCUGGUGCAUAUCAGGUGUAUGAGAAUGGUGUGCAGCGGCUCUACAUCAAGUCAGCUAGUGCCUUUGACAGUGGAGUGUAUACAUGCCAAUCUACUGCAACUCAUGGCUCUAUAGUGUCAAAGUCAUUUAUACUGAAUGUUGGUGUGGGUAAGACUGCAUACAUGUGA